CCGAGUGCGUGCGCUGGUCGCUGGAGCGAGCGUUCCGGCGCCCGCCCGGCACAAGGCUACGCCGCGGACGGACGGCUCCAGCUCGCUCCCUGUGGCUCCGUUUUCCUGGGGAAGUUCCGUGGCGGGAUCGAAGUGUGCAGGCAGAAGGAGAUAGGAAUGCCACUCGCUGUCCGAGUGUGCAAUCCGGAACGGUGCUCUUCAGAGCCAGUAGAACACGCUGCUGGCUGCUGCCAUGGAAGCUGGGAGGGGAAAAAGGACACGCGUAUAAUCCUCGUGUAUACUUUCCGGGUCCAGCCAGAGGCAGAAAAGCAGAACCGUGUUCUAUGCUUCCAAGGUCCUUGGGAACAGCGGCGCGGCGCCUGGGCCUAGCUGCGGCUCCCGCGCGCUCGCGCGCGUGCUCGGCUUCCGCGGCGCGGCGGCCGUGCCCGCCGUCCGACGGCGAGGAGGCCGGGGAGGAUGGGCUUCCUCCGACGUCGCACGGGCCGGAGCCGGAGGAGCGACGGCGGCCUCGCCGCGGAGAGCAUCGGAGAGAAUUCUCGUUUAUCACAACGGCCGCUAGAGAUCAUUCUGUCUUGACCCGGCAACUUCUAGAUUCUCGACAUGAUACAAUAGAUGAGGUAGGUGCAGAACAUGAUCCGUUCAGUGAGUUGAAAGCGAGGUUCAUGGACUUCAAACAGCGAAACUAUGUGGAAAAUUUUUCAAAUUACCAAAGUCUGGCGCAACAGCAAACGCCAAAGUUCAUGGUGGUUGCUUGUGCUGACUCCAGGGUCUGCCCUACCAGAAUUUUGGGGUUUCAGCCUGGGGAAGCAUUUACAGUUCGUAAUGUGGCAAAUUUGGUACCACCAUAUGAGCAUGGGGGUUCAGAGACUAGUGCAGCACUAGAGUUUGCUGUCAAUACACUCCAGGUAGAAAAUGUAUUGGUGGUAGGUCACAGCCGAUGUGGUGGCAUCCAGGCACUAAUGAGUAUGAAAGAUGAUUCAACCUCUGGCUUUAUUAAGAACUGGGUUUCAAUUGGGAAGAGCGCAAGGUUAAGCACAAAAGCUGCAGCUGGAAACUUAAAUUUUGAAAUGCAGUGCACACACUGUGAAAAGGAAUCAAUAAAUAGCUCUCUUUUGAACUUGUUAACAUACCCAUGGAUAGAGAAAAGGGUGAAUGAAGGUACUCUGAACCUUCAUGGAGGCUACUACAACUUUGUAGAUUGCACAUUUGAAAAAUGGACAUUAGUGUACCGUAAAGGACUGGAAGGCGGAAGCAAGUAUGCUAUAAAGAACAGGUCCUCCUGGUCUUGACCAAUGAAGGCCUUGUUUACUUGGGUAAAUUUCACUCUGCCCCCUGCAGUUCAGCAUGGUUUUGCUUUGCCACUACGUUGUUCAUUUCCAUUGCACCUUGCUCCAUUGUGAUAUUGAUGUUCUGCGGAAGGGAGUCCCUGUAUCAAGGAAUUGUCACAUGGAUGGCUGUUGACGUCGCCCAUUGUCAUGCAUGGCACUGUGCCACUAGCAUGAUACGCUUGAACUGUAUGUUGUAUUGCAGACGAGUAUAGAUGCAUCGACAUUGUGGCAGUUAUUUGAUACAGAGACUCGCAACCCUAGGAAGGACAAAACCACAAUGGAGUGAGGUGCAACACAAUGAGCAAUAUGGUAGCAAAGUGAAAGUCUGUCGAACUGCUGGGGACAAAGUGAAUUUUAUCCAACUAUUUGUAUGUUGUUUCUGAUUGAAGAACAUUAAGGAAUUAUGAAUAAGCUGCAAGAUCGGUCAUCGCACAAAUGCAUCAGUCAUCGCCACAUUUGGCGUCACCGUGUGUUAUUGUAACAUUUAUACCAUUUGUUGUAUCAUUGUAACUGUGAGAUACAAAUAUUAUUUAUAUAGCAUCUGUAUCUGUUAGUCUUAUCA